AUCAAACUUUCAAAGUGGCGGGUAACUGCCGAGUUCAAAAUACUCUCAAUUUGCUGAGCGAUUAAUUCUAUUCUAAUGACUACGUGCUAAUUCUGCGCAGUCUUCAGCAGCAGCUUUAGCUCGCUAGCUGAUUGAUGUAUGGUGUGUUAAUAAUAUAUUUUAUAAAAAAAUAUAUAUUAAAAUUAAAUGUAAUCGUAAACUCGCUAUCAUUUUGCGCAUCAUCGUUAUGUGGGUUAUGUGUACGUGUAUGCGCGAUUAAAUUUAGUACACAGCUGGUUUGUUAAAGUUUUUUAAAUAAAAAAAAAAAAAAACAAAUUGAUAUUUAUAUAGGUAAUUAUUCAUAUUUAUUUAUUAUAAUUAUAUUUGAAGAGAGUGAAUAUUUAAAAAAUAAAUAAAAAACUAUCGACGAUUGUCGAUAAUGAUCCAUAUAAUAAAUAAUUGUAUCCGUGUAUUGAUAAAAGCAGGGGAAAAAAAAAACAAAUGUUGAUCGUAGACGCGAUUGGCGGUGGAUCUACGAACGACAAGUCGUCGUAGUCAGGACAGUAAAAGUAACAGAGGCACAAGACGAAGGGGAUGAAUACAAUCGACGUAACGAGCAGCAAACUCGUACACUAGUCGAAAUUUGUGUGAUUAUUAUUAUUAUUAUUAAUAUUUAAAAAAAUAUAUAUAUAUACAUAUACAUAUAUAUAAAAAUAUAAUUUGUAUGUAUGUAUACCUGUGUUUAAAACUUUAAGUAGCCAUUAAUAGUGAUAAAUUUAAAAAGUCCAAGUUUAUUUUUAAAAAAAAAGUUAUUAAAUUUUGGGCAUCAACGCGGCGCGAUCGAUAAAAAAAUCGCGGCCUCGUUCACGUCAAUCAUAUCUUCCUUACAUUAAUACGAUCGUACGAGAAGUGUUUUGUCUUUUCCGUGUGUGUAUAUAUAUAUAUAUAUAUACAUAUACAUAUACAUGUACGUAUAUAUCGAUCAUGGCGUAUUUGUUGGAAUCGCAUCCUAUCCAGGAAUUGUAACGAUCGUACGUUUGGGUCUCGUGUUAAAUUAGUGAUAAAAAAAAAAAGGAAGACAGAAAGUAAAAGAGAAUAAGAAAAUAAAAUAAAAGACGAUUGAAGAUCGAGCUUUCCUGGUGAAGUUCGCAGUGUUAGUCGUUCAAGGACAAGCUGAUUUAGAUACUAGAGCUAGAUUUAAAUAAUUUAAGUAUUGAAUAACGAGUUUAAUUUUUAAAAAAGUAAGCAGAAUGGCAUCGACGACAAUAGCCGUGCCAGCUGCAACCGCCCCGGUUGUCGUGACGACGAUCCAUAAAGAAGAAGUCGACGGCGGCGAUCCGCUGGCGGAGUGGAACGUCAGCGACACUGCAGGCAGCGAAGGAACAGUUGGGAAUGCUGGAGAUGGGGAAGCAUUGGAAGAAACUCCGCGGUCGAAUGGAAUCAAUGGAAGCAGCAGCGGCGGCGAAGAGUGUGCCCUUUGUGAGGGCAAGUUGUCAUCGCCCAGGUUGCUUUCGUGUCUUCAUGUCUUCUGCGAGGCUUGUCUGGACAAGCUACUGAUCGAUGAGACGGACGAAACAAUCAAAGGAUCAGCACUGAGUUGUCCUAUUUGUGGACAGCGAACGUCUGUUGGAGCUCGCGGUGCUGCUUCACUACCAUGCGAUUAUGUACUGACAAAUAUUUUAGAUAUGUCGGCAAUUGAAAAUAUGACGGUACUCUGCACUUCUUGUAAGGCCAAAGAAAGUGCUGUGGCGCGUUGCUCUGAUUGUGCCAAUUUCUUGUGUCCCAAUUGUAAUACUGCUCAUCAAUUUAUGAGAUGUUUCGAGAGCCACAAAGUCAUCGCCUUUGAGGAUCUCAAAAGAUCAAAUAAGACUGUACCAAUUCAUAAACCUAUUUUUUGUGAUUGUCAUCCUGCUGAAAACAUCAAAUUUUAUUGCUACACGUGUCAAGAGCCUAUUUGCAACGAGUGUCUGCUGGUUGAGCACAAAACACCCGAACAUCAGUACGAGAGACUCAGUGAUGCUGAAGGCAGCCAGAUUGAAGAACUAGUCAAUUUAAUGUCUGAGAGUAAAAAUAAAAUAAUAGAAUGCGACAAAACUUCAUCACAUCUUGAAAAUGCUCUUAGUGAAUUACAAGCUCAGCAUGAUCAAGCUAAAGAUCUUAUUAUUGAGACAUUUCAAAGUUAUAAAGCUAUUUUAGAAAAAUGCCGUGAUAAUGCUUUGAAUGAUCUCGAGAAAUUACAUUCCGAACGUGAACUUGAAGUCAUGGAUACUUUUCAUAAUGUUGAGAAGAGCGCAGAGAAAAUAGAAGACGCGUGUCGUUUUACAUCACGACUACUCGAGCACGGGGACUCGACAGAAAUUUUGGCUCUCAAACGAACAGUCGCGACUCAACUGAUGAAUUUAAUAAACAACACACCGAAGUCAAACAUAAAAUAUUCAAUUGAGUUCCAAACAGACUUUGAUAAUUUUGAAAAAUUUGCUAAAGAAUCUUUUGGUAAAUUCAAAACAGAGAGUACACCUGCUGUUAAAACAUCACCAGAAAUAAUAACGACAAUGGCAACUUGCGCAUCUCAGCAGCAGCCGCAACCCCAACAGCAGCAGCAGCAGCAACAAAUGGUCUCUAUUCCAUGUCCCAAUUCUAUAAGCACCAACUCAUCCAUGUCCUUACCAACGUCAAUGCAAUCUUCCUUCGAAGGUGAUACUUUCAUCAUUCCUCCACCCACAUCGAGCCCACAAAAUGUACCACCACCUCCACCGCCCGUUUCUCUUCCUCCAGGUCCUUCCAUGCACGGGUUCACAAGCAUCCAAGAGUAUAAUUUACAGCAGCUAGCAAGCUUAGCUGAAAAAGUAGAUCUCAAUGACACGAGCGUGGUUGCGCCGAGCGCAAACCCAAGUCCAACUCCGUCCUUUACACUGGCCGAUUUACUUGCCGGUGAAUUUCCAGUUAAUUCCACCAGCCAUGCAAUCAAUAACUUGCAGGCCUUGGCUAAGCUCGAAGCUCUCAGAAGUAAUUCAAUGGCUAAUCAAGAUCUAGGCAAUCCGACGCUCAAUGGCGGAGGAGGUCUUGUUUUAGGUCGCGUUCAAUCGCCAGUGAUGAAUGAAUCUCAGAGCCUUGGAUCAUUAAGUGCAAAUACUCUUCUCAAUAGCGGUUAUCAAUCUCUAUCAAAUUCAACUUCUCCUAUUUUAUCCCAAGGACCAGAUGACCUUAAAAGUGAAUCGAUGCACAAUAUGCCAGGGGUGGGUAACAGUGCCCCCGGUACGGGUGCCGGGAAUUACAAUACUCAUCCACGAGCAACAAACUCAAAGCAAACCCCAAUGCAAAUUCGAUCUAAAUUCGGUCAAUUGGGUCCAAGCAAGGGACAAUUCAAUUCACCGCAUGGUUUUUGUCUUGGCACUGAUGAAGAUAUUAUUGUUGCGGACACCAAUAACCACCGAAUUCAAAUAUUCGAUAAAACAGGUGAGUUUAAGUCACAAUUUGGUAUCCCUGGUAAGGAGGAAGGACAGCUGUGGUACCCAAGAAAAGUUGCGGUGAUGCGUAACUGCGGUAAAUUUGUCGUCUGCGAUCGCGGGAAUGAACGAUCUAGGAUGCAGAUAUUCACUAAAAAUGGACAUUUCAUUAAAAAAAUAGCUAUUCGUUACAUCGAUAUUGUGGCGGGUCUCGCUGUCACGAGUCAAGGGCACAUUGUUGCUGUCGACAGUGUGUCACCUACUGUGUUCGUUAUAAGCGAUACGGGGAAUCUUUUAAGCUGGUUUGACUGCAGUGAUUAUAUGAGAGAACCUAGCGAUAUCGCUAUUAGUGGCAAAGAAUUUUUCGUCUGCGAUUUUAAAGGACACUGCGUGGUGGUAUUUAAUGAGGACGGUCAUUUCUUGCGUCGCAUUGGCUGUGAGAAUAUAACAAAUUUCCCAAAUGGGAUUGACAUAAGCGACGCUGGAGAUGUUCUUAUUGGUGAUUCACAUGGCAAUCGUUUUCAUGUUGCCGUAUUUUCCCGAGAUGGAUCUUUAAUUUCUGAGUUUGAAUGCCCUUAUGUAAAGGUAUCAAGAUGUUGCGGCCUUAAAAUAACUUCCGAAGGUUACAUAGUAACGUUGGCCAAAAAUAAUCAUCACGUCCUCGUGUUAAACACACUCUACAUAUUAUGAGGUGGAACAAGACCAGUAGCAACAAUAAAAUACAAAAAAACCAACAAUAACAUCAGUAACAGCAACAAUAAUAACAUCGCAACUUCCUCCAAUUAGCAGUACUCCUAUUGGGACUGCGGUACUCUCAACGAAAGGUAAACAACAGUCAUGACCUGGGCUUAUUGCCAGUUGAUAUUUGUCUGGCCUAUCCAAGCAAUAGUUAAUUUAAAAAAAUUAAAUCUGUGUUAAAUAUCAUGAGAAAUUCAAUAAUGCGGCUUUAAUAGUUUUUAAAAAUAUGCGUCCCUAUUUUUAUGAAAGUAAACAACAGUAAUGAGAUUUGAGUCACGAUGAUUUUAAUCGUUAUGGCAAAAAAAAAUAUUUAUUAAAAAAGUUUAAGUAACGAGAGAUAAGGAGCGGAGGUGCGAGGUUUUAAAUAGAUAUAAAUUUUCGACCAAACACAGUAUAAAUAGUUUUAUUUAUAGAAUUGCAUUUGGUAAACUGCCAAAUAAUUUAAAAAAAAAUAAAAAGUGUACCGUAGGAGCAUCUGGCUGUAGGCAAAUCGCGAAUAAGUUAUGCCUGUGUGCAUUAUUUAGCGUACUAGUCGUAUUAUUAUUACGCGGUUUGCUUCUAUUAGCUGAGAAAGCAAUUUAACAAUGGCCUUUUUGUCAAAAAAUUGGUCGUUGAACAUCAUUUUUUGACAUGUCAGUAUUUUAAGAAUUAUUAAAUCACAAAUCAAAGUAAUCUAGUCCUACUUUCGAGCACUAUCAUUUACUUUUAAUAUUGACCGCUGGAAAGUAAAGUCAACUAACAGCUAUUUAAAUUUCCUUAUAUCCUAGCUCAUUUUACCUUCCGGUGGUCCAUAUAUAUAUUAUAUAUAUUUUAAACAAAAUAAUAAUAUAUACUGUCUUAUCAGUUGUGCUCAAAUUUUAAACAAAAUGCUCGAAAUUUACCCUUUUUCCUCGUGUACAUGAACCGAUAAGGAGAGUUAAUGUUUAAGAUUUAAAAUAUUUACCCAUUUAUUUCUCAAUGAUUAUUAUUUAUCACAAAAUUUUUUUUUUUUAAUUAUAAGGACUUCCAUUUAAUGGUUUUUUUUUUUUUUUCUUCUGUGGUUAACGUUGGGAAAAUCGUUGAUGUAAUCGUUAAUAUUUAUGAUGAUAGUAAAAUUAUUAUUUACUUGUUAAAAAAAAUUUUCUUACUCUUUAUUUACACGGUAUCCCGACGUCAAUUAAUAAUCAUAGAGAAAUAUAAUGUAUUACAAUAAAAGUAUAUAAGAGUGAUUGAUUUUUUUUAGUAUGAAAGUUUUAUGAUAAAUUUUUAAAAUAUUUAAAUUUAGCUUUUGAAAUAAUUUUAAAAUAAAUUAUAACUUUUAGAGUGAUUGCUGUCAGAUUAAAUGACAUAAGUUUAUUAUUAAAAUAUUUACUCAGGAUUUAAUAUGAUUUACAAUAUGAAAAUUAUAUAUUUAUAUAAUUUUCAUCAGUUCACGUGUGUAAAUUUAUCGGGUUGUGGUGCUAGCGGUAAUAUUUAAAUAUUUCGUGUAAAAUUUAAUUAUUUGAAAGAAAAAAAAACCGAGUUUCAUGUCAAUGGGAUUUAUUAAUAAGGAGAAAAAAAAUCACUACAUAAUAAUAUAUAUAAGUGUUCUUCGUAUUUUUUACAAGGACCAUAGUCGAAUUGAUUUAUCGUAAAGAGAUUCUUGAAUCAAUAAUUAUUAUUAUUAUAUAUGUGUAUAUCAUUUAAAAUAUAGGAGACGAUACUUUAUCGUAAUAAAAUAUACAGUUUGCUAAACAACUUCUAUUUAUGUACAUAUAAAAUGAAUAAUAAUUUAUGAGAAUGUAAGUGGAAGAAAAAUAAGAGAGGGAGAGACAGAGCUAUAGUUAAGCGUACUUUGAUUAAACACGAGAAAAUGAUAACGCAUACAUAUAGAAAUAUACAUAUUUUUUGGGGUUGUUUACAUAAUCAGCCUUACCAAUUGGUUUGAGAUAUAAAAAUAUUAUAAAUAAUAAUAAUAAUUUAAAAAAUCUACAAAAAGGCAGUUAAGAAAAUAGUCAGGCAUCUUAUAUUUGCCAGUUUGUUGUGUAGUUGUCUUAUAUAUUUAUCGAAAAAAAUAAAACAAUAAAAAAAAAACAAAAAUAUAAAAUAAAAAAAAAAAUAAUUGAUAUUUCAUAGUAAGUACUAAUUAAAAUUUCUUGCCAUACCAAAUGUUAAGUAGCUGCAUUCGUGUGUACGUGUGUAUUUAAGCUUGAAGAUUAAAUUUCUAUAUAUUUAAUAUUAACAUAUUUACAAUUUUAAAUAUAGGCGAAUCAGUUAUUAAAUGAGAAUACAAGUAAAAUAUCAACGACAUUAAAUUUUUAAAUUAAUAUUUAAAUCGGUAUAUAUAUAUUUUAAAUAAUUAUUUUAGACUUUUUGUCAUUUUAAUUAAUGAUAUUGUCAAGAGAAAUAGUUUUGACGUUAGGCAUUUUUUGAAUUCGGGCUUACAAAUAAAAAAAAAAUAUUAUUAUAAAUUUAAAAGUAUUUAUAAUGCGUACUAUUGAAGCCUAUUAAAUCUCAUUUAUGGUGUGCGGAUCCACCCGGCCCACUGGGGCGUCUGCCACAUACCCGGGAAAUUUAAAUUAAUAAUUAAAUUAUCAAGUGUACUGAUUAAAAUUAAAUUUAAGUGAACAGAUCUUAGUAUUUCGAUUAUUAAUAAUCUCUGUAAAUAGUAUCGAUAUAAAUAAAAAAAAAUCGAUCAUUAAUUAUUAAAAAAUAUAAAUGAACACUCUCUGUCUGCAGUAAAUGUGCGUUUAUAAAUUUUGUGUGCGCAGCAUGAUAAAAUUAAUUUUUACUUACGUUUCUUAUUAAUUAAUAAUCGAUUUUUUUUGUUAAUUAUAUCGAUACUAUUUAUAAAAAUUUUUAAUUAUCAGUACAUCAAAAUUUGUUCCUGGAAUUUCAUUUUAAUCAGACACUUGAUAAUUAAUACAUUUUUUUUUUCCUGGUUAUUAACUUUUUUUAUCCAAAAUUUAUUAUAAAUUUAAAUUUUCCCGGGUAUCUGGUCGUCACAGUGCCCCGGGAACACACCGUCAAUAUUAAUCCGAUUUUUAGAAAUUAUAAUUUUUUAUAUACACUACGAAUGCGAAUAUUUAAAAACUAAAUAAAAAAAAGUAAUUAAUAAGUAAUAUUUAAAUAUAAACUUCUGAAAAUGUUUAAGUAGUCGUGGUUAGCGAAGUUAUAAAAGAAUAAUGCCUGUGAUAAUAGUAUCGUCAGGAUAAGUUGUGUCCUUAAAAAGUCUCUGAUGUUGUUGCUAGGUAAAUAUUAAUUAGAAUUUUGAUGAAAAAAAAAAAAGUUAAAAUCUAAGUUAAUGCUGAUGUUAUCUCGCUAUAAGAGAUCGUAAAAAAAAAAUAAAACAAUUACUAAGUAACAUUAAUAGUCAUAAAUAAAGACAAAUUUCAUAAGUGAAAAAAAAACUAAGGUGUGUUAAUGUCCGAUUUGCACAACGACAUCGGCACACGCAGCCCAUCAGCCUCCAACGGUACGCUAAAUAAAUAUGAUCAUUUAAAUGGAUAAAAUAAUUAUUUUAUUUCAGUAUGAUAAUAUAUUACUUGAGACAGUAAUGGGUAAAGAGAAGAUAAGAGAUAAGAUUUAAAAAAGAAGUAAAGAGAGUUACUCAUUUUAUAAACUAAUGAGAAAUGACCAUUUAAAAAAAAAUUAUAAAUUAAAUCGAGGGUCUUUUACCUCACAAAAUUAUUAUUAUUAUAUUACGCUCACCUUAUAUAUACUUGAAUAUUUUAGUAUAGAUUUACUCUAUUUACAUAUUUUUAUCUGUGGAAGACUACUUGGCUAAUUUAGGCCACUGUUGAAAUUCACCCCUUAUUUGCCUUGAUGUUUGAAUUACAACAAUAAUAUUUAAAAGAAAGAAAAAUAAUAAAUAAAAGAGGUAAAUAAAAAUUUUAAAUAUCUAAUAAAUAACAAAAAAAUAAAAAAUAUAAAAAAAAAUAAUAAAUUACAAAACAACAAAAAAAUAAUUAAUAAUGUGAAUUACUUGUUACGUAAAUGGUAAUUGUGAUAGAUUUUUUGAUGAUUUUUACAAUCUCAAAAGUCUUAUUAUCCUAAUUAUAUAGAAUUAUAUCUCUUCACACUCUAUGUAAUAGAUUUCUGCUUACUGUUAAAGUAAUAUACUUCAAAAAAAGUUUAAAAAAAUUACAAAAAAAAUGUUUUAAGGGAGACAAAGUUACCAUUAUUAUUAUUAAAAAAAAAAAAAAAAAAAAAAACAAAUAAUAAUCAAUAUGAACAAGCAACAAACAUAAUAUCUACAUAUUAACACUUUGUCAUCGAUAUUAGAGUAUCAUAAUCAGAGCUUAGAGAAAUACAAAAACAGGAUCAAACAAUUGCUUACUAUAAGAAAAUAAUUUAAUUAUUUAUAAAACUCGCCAUUGGUUUAUUUCCACCGUCGGUUUUAAUUAAAUAAUUAAUCGUUGUUGUAACUGGAAAAAUUUUUAAUUGUUGGAUUAAAAUUUAUUCAAUUAUCAGAUUGGAAAUUUAUUUAAAUCACCGACGUUAUAGUGGAAAGUAUACAAAUAAUUACAAUACUUUUUUCUUAUUUUAAAAUUUAUUCGAGAGCCAUUAUACACUAUUUUUUUAUUUAGUAAAUUUAAAAACACUAGUACACCGUACAAUCGUAAGUAGGAGCAAUAUAAAAUUUAAAACACGAAAUAAGCUGAUAAAAAAAUUAUAAAAUAUAUUAAAAUUAUAGCUCACGGUUAAUCAUAGUCUUCCUAGCAUCACUAAGUUUUAUUGACUAUGCUAUUAAAAAAAUAAAAUUUUAGGAACAGUUUUAAAAUAAUUCAAUUUAACCACAAGAUAUAUAUAUAUAUAGAGAUAUAUAUACUAAAGAGAAGGGAAGAAUAACA